AUUAAGGGUAAACUCGACAAAAUGAAAUAUGGGGGUUAACUGAAGACAAGCGCCGUAACUGUUCUCAAAUCAAACGUCCGUUUUCAAAAUGCCACAUCCCGUUCUGAAAAACAGGCCUCGUGCUUGGCCCUGCCUAGUUCAGUAAGCUUAUGCGUGUACGCGUGCUUCUGAAAUCUAUUGAUUUCAUUGAGGAGUUUAUGAGUGUUGAGGAGGUGGUGGGGGCGGCGUCCAGUUGGCGGCGACUACAAUAUAGGGCGAUAGUUGCAUUUAAGUUGGCCGCGUCCGAGGAAUGUGUCGCUAGGGUUUCAAAAGGUAUGUGUCGUAAACACGGCUACUUUGUUUGACAUCAGAGAAAGAAAGAAUGGAUUCAUUGGAGAGGAAAAACCAUAACUGCAAAAGGUGCAAAACUGCAAACUUUUCUGAGGAUGGAAUAUACCAUGUCAGAUGAUGAAGCUUUAUCCAUAGAUAUUCAAGGAUGACUCUUUAAGUGUUGGUGGGGAGGUGAAAAGGAAAGGUGAAGUGUUGGUGCACUAUUUGAAGGCGCGAUGUAGGGUAAGUGUUGAUUUGCAUUAGUAAGUUGACUAGUAGUCGAUGUGGAUUUUAUGUUAUAGGAUUGAAGUGGUUUGAAUUGUAUUAUGUGUUGAUUUCGAUUAUAUGUCAUAUGAUAGUAGUUGUUUGAAUGUUGUUAUGUGUUGAGUUGGAUUUUAUGUUAUUAGAUAGGGUUGAAAUUGCAAAAACCAAAAAGUUUAUUUGAUUUGUUUUCCUUGGAAUUUGUUGGUUAGCCGGCUAAUACAAGUUGUCGGAUAGAGUCUUUUAGGAGAAUUUGCAAAAUGUUAGAUGAGCAACGUAGGCGAUGGAUUGGUGAAAUGGGGUUUGCAGAGCUAUUAAAAAUUGGUGGCUACAUGAAUCUUCCAAGACAGUUGGCGUAUUGGUUGAUGGACUCGAAUUGAUUCCUUUAACUAUACACUAACUAGCCUAGAUGGUAGAGUUUUAAGCUGUUGCAUUGGGUGUUAGGUAUUCCCAAUGAGGGUCUACCUGUUCCGACAUACAAGUCAUUGGAUAAAGAAAUGUCCGAAAAGGUCAAAAUGAUUAUGAAGACUUAUGGUAAAUCUUGAAAUAAUAAGUCUAUAAAAACUGAUCGGGAGUACAUAUACGAGGGUAUUCCAGUUAAUAGUGAGCUCAUUGGUAGGUUGGAAGGGAAAUGGGAGGAAGAUCAAGCGGAAGAGUUCAAGACAAUAUUCUUGUUGUUGGCUCUUGAGAUGUUGCUAUGCCCUAAUCAGUCGUCGAGGUUGGCCGCGGAUUUGGUGCCCGCUUUAAUGUGUGCCUCAAGAGCUGCGGAAUAUGAUUGGUGUUCCCUUGUGCUAAAGAAGCUAAUGGAAAGUGUAGCUAUGUUCGCACGGCGGUUUUACGCUAGUGGUGUUGCAAGUGGAUGUGCUGGCUGCCUUAUACUUAUUGUGGUUAUGUAUUUAGAUCGACUAAAUAGACAUCCGGUACAAUGGGGGUACUUCCCUAGGAUGGAGGUUUGGAACAUGGAAGAGAUACGUAUGGCAAUUCGAGAAGAUCGUUUUCUAGAUGGUGGUGACUUUGGACAGCUCGGGGAAGCAAGAGAUACAAAUGGACCUGAUGGGACAUCCAAGGUUGAGCGAUUGGGCAGUGGUAGUGUUUGUUACAGGACCACGGGGGCACGAAAAAGGAUCCCCAAAUGUAAGUGUAAGAGGGUGGUACCUGAUUCUGCUAUCUUCAAAGGUGUAUCAUCCUACUCUGAUAUCAACAGCAAUGUCGUCAUAGUGAUGAAGCAACACAAUGUUUGGAGGCAAAGGCUUUCGGUUUGUGAUGUGGAUGUGGAAGAGGAUGGAUAGAUAUAUUUAAGAAACACAGCAGUAGUUGUUGGGUAAAUUUUUGGGGGGAGGGGAAAUUUGGAUAUUUUUGGCGGGAUUGAGCACCAGCACCAAUAUUGAUUAAGUUUGUAUUGGUACACAUGUGAAGCAUAACAAAAAUCAACCUGCAAUUUUCAGUGUUGCAAAAUAUUUUUGUCCUCCACAAGAGCCCCACUUAUUCACGUGACUUGUUUAUAUUGCC